GACAGCCAACACAUCUCAAGAAGAAAAACAGGGCUCGAGCUCGAGGCAGAUCUCAGGUCAGCUCCUAAACUACAAUUAUCCCUGUGUGCACGUCAUCAGUUCGUGAACGCGUGUGUGCGGUGCAUUUAAAGCAAAAGGUGGGGAUGGAAAAACAUUUUUACAUUGUUAUCGUCUGUGCAUUGAUGUCUUUGCACCUACUUUUAGUCCAAGGAGCCAGACAGGGUCAAGACAUAAAAUGUGGAGCGUGCAGGGCAUUAGUUGAUGAAAUGGAUUGGGCCAUAUCGCAAAUAGAUCCCAAGAAAAUGAUCCAGACCGGUUCAUUUAGGAUUAAUCCUGAUGGCAGUCAGUCAGUAAGAGAGGUUCCCUUUUCCCGCUCUGAGAGUCAUCUGCUGGAACUAAUGGAAGAGGUUUGCGAGAAGAUGAACGAUUACGGUGAACGGGUUGACCCUGCCACCAAUCGGAAGACAUACGUGAGACAUGCAUCCCGUGAUGACACUGCCUUGGACCUUUCUGAUGUGGCCUUUGACUCCAGAGUCAGCUCUAGUUUAAAGUUUGCUUGUGAAACAAUCGUUGAGCAGCAUGAGGAUGAACUUAUUGAAUUUUUUGCUCAUGAGACGGACAACGUUAAAGACAAGCUCUGCAGUAAGAGGACAGAUCUCUGUGACCAUGCCCUGAAGAUACCUCAUGACGAGUUAUAACACGAGCCGAGCGCAUCAUGACAGCUUUACCAGUGGAAAACAAUGCAUUCACCUGUUCAACUUCAGUAAACAGACCGAUUCUCUUACUUGUUGAGGACACUAAACAUACAGAGAUCUACUUAAGUCAUGUUAGGCAAAGCAUUACAUAUGUACUUGACCCUAUGGGUUAACUGUUGACAUGUUCAACUGUAUUAAUGGCGUUACCAUCAAAACUGUUCAUUGUCAUAAAUUAAAGCUGACUUUCUACAGCUAAAAAUGAGAUCUCUGUGAGUCUCUCCAAUGGCAUACUUUUAUAUUUAAAUGUCCUUGGAUGCACUUAGUUUUUAGUUUAGAAGAUAACUUGCGGUAUAUUUAUUGUAAGCACAGAUAGAGUGCCUCUGGAGUUCCUGGUUCUAGUGGUGAUGUUGUCUUGAUGUUUUUUCAGGUCAUGAAUCUGAUCAGAUUACUAGUCCUUAAGUCUUAACCAAUUAGGUUACCACCAUUUUGAAUGGAAGUGAACAUCCGUUAACCCACUUUUAUGUAUUCACUUAUUUUCUUCUCUCACAUUAUUGCAUUGGUUAUUGCUUCCAGAUUUGUCAAGAUUCGUUUGUGUUUAUGUAUCCAUUGAGGACCAUGUUGUAUUUGUAGUUUUGUUUUAUUUUUGUAAUAUACAAUGGUCACGCGUGAAUCUGUGUGCUAAGGACAAUUCAUUUUUUUUUAAAUCCCAAUUUACACAAUGGAGCCUUAUAACUGUCAAUGGGUAAAAAUCUACAUAUUUCAUAUUUUCCUAAAUUUUGGGAGUCCUAGGAUGUAAGCAUUAUGUAUAGUGCAAACCUAGAACUUGAGCUCAAUUUUGCUAAACUUUUAGGGACGAAACUUCAAGCAUAAAGAUGUACGAUGCAAAACGAGUCUUACCAAAAAAGAAACGUACAAUUGUAAUUGCUACUUUCAUUAAAAAGGACAUCUUUUACAAUC